GGCCACCCAUUCCGAAACCCUCAUCCCAUCAACUUUGUCCCCUCUCCUAAAUCGAAAUGGAAAACGCUUCUUCCGCCGAUCUACAAUGGCUUCUCCUACGGGGAUGGAACUCCAAGAUGGUCUCGCGAGGUGGCAUCACAUUCAGUCGUGAAGCUGGUAACCUCAAGAACUACCACUCCUACCGAUACUCCGGAUUGGCUCAGCCCAAGCCUUUGUCCAUCACUGCCGCCCCCAAAGGCGGUGUCCUCUAUUCCACCAAGAAGGAAGGUGCCAACCCUCGACACCUCACUUCUGCCCGUAAGACUGUUCGAGCCAGGGGCGCUUGCAUUGCUCCACGGAAAGCUGCUGGAAAAGCUGCCAAGAUCGCCAACAGCUACCGACCUGAUCUCGUCAAGGCUGCUGUCAUCCGAGCAGCCCGAAUCGCCGAGACUACCCGAAAAACCCCUAAGUCUGCUUAAAUCAUGUUAUAAUAUGUUAUGCAACACUCGACUUGGUCGCUUCCACACAAGUUUCAAGCCUAUGGUUUUCAGGUCCUUCAGUCAUUUAUGUGAAAUCAGACAACAUUGCUUUAUUC